ACACCUAAAAGUUAAAGCUUUUUCUAAAGCAGAAAACAGGGUAAUCAAUUGACUAGUAAACCUACGUGUUCCUCCCUCCCUCCCUCCCAUGGCGCCCACACCUCUUACCCCACCAUUUACGUGACCAUGGCAUCACAAACGAGGAAUUCUCCGCAUACCCAACUCCUAUUCCUCCAUUGAAAACGUGACAGACGACGAGAAGGUAAGGAAGACUUGGUCCGAUACUUACUUCCACCACCACCCUUUUCUUCUUUUCGUCUUCUCUACAUUUCUCCUUCUUACGUUUUUGUUAUUGAUUAAACCCUUUUCCCUUUUCCCAAAUUUCAAUCAAUCAAAACCCAAUUCGUACUAUAUCAUAUCACUACAUUCAUUGGCGUUGUAAAGUCGUACUUCGCUCCCUACCCCUCGAUUCUGGUCCUUUCACAGAUCUUGUCUGAUUAUCUUUCACAUACCCUGCUGCUUUAAAUGCUUACAUUUUCAGCGAAUUGAUAGCAAGAGGGGCCAGUUUCAGUUGUCGACAUAAUAACUCGUACCUUUUAGAGGUCCCUCGUUUGUUUGUUUUUUUGUUGAAUCUCCUUUUUCUUUAAUCAAUAACAAAAGUAUUGUUUCCAUGACUCGCAUCAGAUUCAUCUGUAAUUACAUUUUUCAUAGCGAGAUUCUUCAACAAAUGCUAAACCCUAGCAGAUCAAGAACUCAACCCAGGCCUACCCGAUCUCAUCCUCUCGGAGGCAUGGAUUAUGUGGACCCAAAGAAGAAAAAUGGUGUUGUAGGAAAGAUCCUUUUAGCUGCAGGACUUACUGCAAUAUGCAUUCUUAUGCUCAAACAAUCCCCAUCUUUCAACACCCCUAGUCCUUUUUCUCAACAUGAAACUGGUGUCACUCAUGUGUUAGUAACUGGAGGUGCUGGUUAUAUUGGUUCACAUGCAGCCUUACGCCUUUUAAAAGAUAAUCAUCGUGUCACUAUAGUGGAUAAUCUUUCUCGUGGAAACCUAGGAGCUAUCAAAGUUCUUCAAGAUCUCUUCCCAGAACAUGGGAGACUUCAAUUCAUUUAUGCUGAUUUGGGAGAUCCAAAAGCCGUGAACAAAAUCUUUGCUGAAAAUGCAUUUGAUGCAGUGAUGCAUUUUGCUGCAGUUGCAUAUGUUGGAGAGAGUACCCUUGAUCCCCUAAAGUAUUAUCACAAUAUUACAUCAAAUACACUUGGGGUGAUGGAGGCCAUGUCAGCACACAAUGUGAACACACUAAUAUACUCUAGUACUUGUGCAACAUAUGGAGAGCCUGAAAAGAUGCCCAUUACAGAAGAAACUCCCCAGCUUCCGAUUAAUCCUUAUGGAAAAGCCAAGAAGAUGGCGGAAGAUAUUAUCUUGGAUUUCCAUAAAAACUCGGAUAUGGCCGUGAUGAUUCUAAGAUACUUCAAUGUGAUUGGUUCUGAUCCGGAGGGAAGAUUAGGAGAAGCACCAAGGCCAGAACUCCGUGAACAUGGAAGAAUAUCGGGUGCAUGUUUUGAUGCAGCUCGUGGAAUCACCAAUGGCCUCAAGGUUCGAGGAACGGACUAUAAAACCCCUGAUGGAACUUGCAUAAGGGAUUACAUUGAUGUGACUGAUUUAGUUGAUGCUCAUGUUAAAGCACUUAAUAAAGCAAAACCAGGACAUGUUGGAAUUUACAAUGUUGGUACAGGAAGAGGAAGAUCAGUCAAAGAAUUUGUGGAAGCAUGUAAAAAGGCAACGGGUGCAUCCAUUAAAGUAGACUACCUUCCAAGGCGACCCGGUGACUAUGCAGAAGUAUUUAGUGACCCGUCAAAGAUCCUACGUGAGCUUAAUUGGUCAGCACAAUAUACGGAUCUUGAAAAGAGUUUGAGGGUUGCAUGGAGAUGGCAAAAGUCACAUAGGAAUGGCUAUAAUCCUUCAAUGGCUUCCAUUUAAGAUUUUGAAUGUUUAUUUUAUUCUCACAUGAUAUGAGAGGUAUAGGCAUAUUUAUAUAUAUGUGUAAUUUUUAAACAUGAAUACAUACAUGAAUGAUGAAAAACUUGUUAGCAAGUGAAUUAUAAGAAUAAUGAUAAUAGCUAUGAGGAGUAGCCUAAUUAUUAUUUUACAUAAUGGAGAGGAUGCCAUGGCUUUAUGCUUUUAAGGUUUAACUACUAUUUUUAUUUCCCAUAUUUUUAUUUAGUUUGAGACUAUAAGAGUUUCAAUUUCAAUGUGUAUGGGCGCGUUGUGG